AUGCGCUUCUACUCCAUCACCGCCCUCUUCAUGGCCGCCGUCGCCAUCGCAGCCCCCGCCAACGACGUCAAGGAGUGCUGCUGCUGCAACAUCGGCGAGCCAGCCAUAGUCUGUACGCAACGCGCCCCAAAAGACUGCAUCUGCCCUGCCGUCAUGUGCCCCGAAGACGCCCCGACCCGGUGGCCCGACUCUCCGGCUCCCACCGCCACCGUCAUCGAGAAGCGCGAGGAAGAGACACCAAAGCCGGAGCCCUGCUGCUGCUGCAACCCAGGCAGGGGAGCCAUCGUCUGCACCAUUCGCAAGCCGGAAGAGGACCAAUCGUGCAUGUGUCCUAUGGUCCUCUGUCCUCCCGACGCUCCGACCGUGACCGAGGGUCCAGGCGCCAAAGAGACGGGGAACUAG